CACAGCCAGCAGCAGCUACUUCACCCAGAGAGGCUUAUUUUCCCUCUUUAAUGUGGUUGUAGUUGUGAGUAGUGUGGUGAAUACAGCAAUAAAAGUUUUUCAUAUACUUCAUCGUUAAUUCUGCAGUGAUGCGUGUUUAUUGCUCGUAGUGUGUGACGUUAGCCUUCACCGUUCUGUGAGAGACCUGGGGAUGCCUCAAAGCAAAGUCACCCUUUAACAAGUCCGGACGAUGCGAACUACCUUCCCGAGUCCAUGAUCUCGUCAAAGAUGGUGGCAGCUCACACUUCUGCCCAUUCUUCUGCGUCUGCUGAAUGGAUAGUCUGCCUCGAUAAGCGACCCACAGAGCGCUCUGGAGAAGAUGUAGACAUUAUCAUGGCCCGACUGAAGAGUGUGAAAGCGUUUGAGAAGUUCCAUCCCACCCUGCUCCAGCAAAUCUGUUUGUGUGGCUUCUACGAGUGUCUGGAGAAAGGCAUUACAUUGUACAGACAGGGUGAUAUCGGCACCAGCUGGUACACUGUCCUUUCUGGCUCACUGGAUGUUAAAGUCUCUGAAACUGCAAACCAUCAGGAUGCAGUCACUAUUUGCACACUGGGCAUUGGCACAGCAUUUGGGGAGUCAAUUUUGGACAACACGCCUCGUCACGCCACCAUUGUAACACGAGAGUUCAGUGAGUUACUGCGCAUUGAGAAGAGGGAGUUUAGGACCCUGUGGGAGAAGUAUCGUCAGUGCAUGGCUGGUCUCCUGGCCCCUCCCUAUGGUGUUAUGGAGAGUGCGCCCAGCGCUGACAGAAUGCCUGACAAAGAGAACUUGAGUAGCAACUCUCUGGGAUCAGUGUCCAAACACUUGAGCAAGAAAUCAUUUGUUGAAAACAUUGCCAAACUCCAUCCCAAACCCAUAAUACAGGUACCAUCAGAGAAGAUUUUGUGGGCGGGCAAGAUGCUGAGGAAUGCCAUCCUCUCCCAGGCACCUCACAUGAUCCGUGACAGAAAGUACCACCUGAAGACUUACAGGAGGUGCUGUGUAGGUACAGAGCUCGUUGACUGGCAGAUGCAGCAGGGUUCCUGUGUGCACUCACGGGUUCAGGCAGUGGGGAUGUGGCAGGUGCUGCUGGAGGAGGGAGUGCUCAACCAUGUUGACCAUGAGCUGGACUUCCAGGAUAAGUACCUGUUUUAUCGCUUCUUGGAUGAUGAGCAGGAUGAUGCAUUGCUCGCCAGUGAGGAGGAGAAGAAGGAGACUGAUGAAGAACUGCAGGACACGCUGCUCCUCCUGUCUCAGAUGGGCCCUGAUGCUCACAUGCGCAUGAUCCUUCGAAAACAGCCUGGGCAGAGGACUGUAGAUGACUUAGAGAUUAUUUAUGAGGAGCUGCUGCAUAUAAAAGCCUUAUCACACCUCUCCACGACAGUAAAAAGGGAAUUAGCAGGUGUCCUCAUUUUUGAGUCCCAUGCAAAAGCAGGAACAGUAUUGUUUAAUCAGGGUGAGGAAGGCACCUCAUGGUACAUCAUCCUUAAGGGCUCAGUUAAUGUGGUCAUUUACGGAAAGGGUGUGGUCUGCACACUGCAUGAGGGUGAUGAUUUUGGAAAGCUGGCUCUGGUGAAUGAUGCACCACGUGCAGCCUCCAUAGUCCUGCGAGAGGACAACUGCCAUUUCCUGAGGGUGGAUAAAGAGGACUUUAACAGAAUCCUCAGGGAUGUAGAAGCAAAUACGGUGCGACUGAAGGAACAUGAAGAGGAUGUUUUAGUUCUCGAAAAAAGCAACAUCAGAAGCUCCAGUCAUGUGGGCUCCUCACCGCUGAAGUACACUGUGAUGUCUGGAACUCCAGAGAAGAUUUUGGAACACUUCCUCGAGACUAUGAAGUUAGAUUCCCAGUUCACAGAGUCAGAUCCAGCGUUGGAUGACUUUGUGCUUAUGCACUGUGUGUUUAUCCCCAAUACUCAACUGUGUCCACUCCUUAUUGCCCACUACCAUGCGCAGGCAUCUCAGGGCAGUGAUCAGGAGAGGCUGGACUAUGCUUUGAAUAACAAGCGCAGGGUCAUGCGCCUGGUGCUGCAGUGGGCUGCCAUCAACACUGACCACCUACAGGAGGAGGAGAGUUCACUGGCCUUUCUCCAGGAAUUUUACAUGGCAGUAUCUGAAGAUGCCAGUCUUAUUCCUGCACUUAAAGAGCAGCUUCCUGAGCUGGAGAAGGUCCUCAAACACCACUCUGAAGAUGGGAAACCUUCUCAGAAAAAGCAUAAAGUGCUGCUCCGCCAGUUCAGCAUGGGAGAUGAGAAACUGCAGAAACGACAGCCAAUCAAGAGCACAGAUGAGAUCUUAUUUAAGGUGUACUGCAGUGACCACACCUACACCACCAUACGAGUGCCUGUGUCUGCCUCUGUCAGAGAGGUCCUGUCUGCUGUAGCUGAUAAACUGGGCUCACGAGAUGACCUCCUACUGGUGCACCUUAGCUCAGCAGGAGAUAAAACAGUGCUGAAGCCCAGUGAAGUGUCCAUCUUCUCCUCUCUCAGUAUAAAUGGCCGUCUGUUCACCUGCUCAAGGGAACAGCUUGACUCUUUGACUCCACUGCCAGAGCAGGAAGGGCCGUCUGCUGGGUCCAUGUCCAGCUUUGAGUUAAUGAGCUCCAAAGACCUGGCUUACCAGAUGACCCUGUAUGACUGGGAGCUCUUCAACUGUGUGCAUGAGCAUGAGUUGAUCUACCACACGUUUGGACGGCAUCACUUUAAGAAGACUACAGCCAAUCUGGAUCUUUUCCUUCGACGCUUUAACGAGAUCCAGUUCUGGGUGGUGACAGAGGUGUGCCUCUGCUCGGCCCUCAGCAAACGUGUCCAGCUGCUGAAGAAAUUCAUCAAGAUUGCUGCACAUUGUAAAGAGUUUAGGAAUCUGAACUCAUUCUUUGCCAUUAUUAUGGGAUUAGGUAAUCCAGCGGUCAGUCGACUCAGUCAGACAUGGGAGAAACUGCCCAGCAAGUUCAAGAAGUUUUAUGGGGAAUUUGAAAAUUUAAUGGAUCCUUCUAGAAACCACAGAGCAUACCGCCUCACUGUGGCUAAGCUGGACCCUCCCAUCAUCCCUUUCAUGCCUUUACUCAUUAAAGAUAUGACUUUUACUCAUGAAGGCAACAAGACAUUCGUCGACAGUUUGGUCAACUUUGAGAAGAUGCGAAUGAUAGCCAACACAGUCCGAAUAAUGAGAUACUGCAGAAGCCAGCCAUUCAACCAUGAAGCUCCGCAGGCCACUAAGAACCACCAGGAUGUUCGAAAUUAUGUUCGUCAGUUCAGUGUGAUUGACAACCAGCGCACCCUGUCACAGAUUUCUCACAAACUGGAACCACGGCGGACCUGAACGCUGCUCCACUGAAGAACUACAGUAUCCAUGCUGCUUCACUACUGCCAAUGAAUAAGCUAGCUGCACAUACGACAAGCAUUCAGCGCCCUUCUUCCCAUCUUCCAUGGGGACACUGGAAUUGUUAAUGCUGUUGCCAAAAUACAGCUGAAUUGUAUUUUGAACGAUUGAAGGAAUCACAACAGAAGACAAUCUUUUCAAGGUUUUUUGUACCUCUUUGUGCUGCACUUGGUAUAUUUUUCUGACAUGCUGAGAUGUUGUCUCAUAAUUCCAGGUUUUGUUUUUGGAUCCACCCAAAUGAAUGAUUAAUCUGGUGAUGGAAGCCUCAUAGAUCUGUUGGGAUGUCUGUUGAGAGAAUUUUUUAACAUUCAGAGGUUUUAAGGAGAAAUCAGACAUUUGCUCUUUUGUUUCGAGAGGUUGUGAAGGAGCUUCUCUGCAGAUGUUCUUGUUCUUUUGUCGAGAACAUUUUACAAGGCUUAUCAUGUUAUUAUUUUUAUUUUGUACAUGCUAUUCUGUUUUUUGAAUAAUUGGGGUUUGUGGAUGUUUUGCAUCUGAUGUAAUAGUAAGUGUUAAUUUAUUUGCACCUAAGCAUGAAAUGGAUUAAACACUUCAAGGAUCCCAAGCACAUUUUAGAAGUCUGUGAGUGAGCUUGGUGUAGUUCUGUACUGAUGUAUUAUAGUACAGUCUGUAAGAAAUUGUACAGUGAUGCAGUUUUUGUUGUUUUGGCUCUCUACACCGGCAUACUUGAUACAGUGGCUAUGUCAUUGAAGUCAUAGAAACACAGCUUUAAUUAGAGGAUAGGUACAAACAUAUCGGAGGGAGGAGUUACAGCUGUUUUAAAUACUAUCCUUUAAUUUUCAGCGAGCAAAAGGAGUAGAUAAUUCAGUUCUUUAGCCAGCCAUGUGUCGUUGCAUUGCUAGUUAAUGCCAAAGAGAGCUAACAUGGGCUUAAUAGUCUAGUAUUCUUGGCUGGACAAGUCACCUGAACCCUUUCCACCAUGCACUUUACUUAAAGCAAAACCUGGAAGCAAAAUGGUUCCGAAAUGAGCUAAUACUGAAAAAUGGCAGCAUUAAAGGCCUCACAGCAUCACCAGGGAAAAUCCUCUGGUUGCCAUUAAUUAUGUUAAUUUGCCCGAUUAUUUAUAAAAAGCUGUGAUUUCUAAAUGUUUUGUAAUCCAGUGUGAACAAAAAUACUUUCAAAUUAAGCGUUCAAUCUGUAUGUCUUCAAGGUUUCUGUCAUUUCAAAUCUGGUAUGCUGGAGUGCAGAGCCAAAACAGCAGCAAAAAAAAUCUCUGUCCAGUUCCUGCCAGACUAAACAUGUGUGUUCUGUAAAUAAUUCAGCCCUAUUAAAAGGAGGCCAAUUUGAUGACAUG